AUGAUGAAGCCCACUCAGCAUCUUCAAACGACGACGACGACGACAACGACAAUCCUCCUCCUCUUCCUCUCCAGUUACGUAACAGUCUUUGCCGCCUCACCAGACUCGCCCACCCUCGAAGACACUCACCACGCAGAACUUGACUUCGCCUUCAACCUCCCACGAGACGUGUCAACAGGCCAGGAGCUCGACUCCUUCUUCCACACAGCCAACUUCCUCGGCGGAGCAUCACCGCAGCCGAUAGUCUUUUCGGGUAACCCUUCAAGGCCAUUUGAAGUAAAUGGUGAAACCUUUCCUGACUUUGCAACAGCAGCCAGCCGCGUCUGCGACAACCAAAAGAAUGCGUGCGCGGAUACGGCGAAUGACGAGAACAAGAAGACGAGUUUUGGGGUUAGUGAUUGUGAUAAACAACGAGAACAAUGCAUGAACUCGAUAGAGUCGGCGACGGAGACGAGCUUCACGGUCAAGCCGGGCCCGACGCUGGUGGUGUCGAAUGCGACGCAUGAUAUUUUCUGUGAUGUGUAG